AUGCUGCCACGAGCGCGAAUCUCGAAUCGGCUUCGAAAGUGGUGCCAGACGUGGCCACAACUGGUGCCAUCCCUGCCUCCGUGGCCAAGGCGCAGCUACCGGCUCCUACUCAGCCCUCUUCGCAGCCCACCGAUCCGGCAGAGGCCGGAGCUUCUGCAGAGAUUGGCGGCCAACUGUAUCUUCUCGGGCCGGCAGAGUCUCCCGGUCGCUGGAUGCUGUUGGCAGAUGCCGAGGAAGCGAUCCCACUGGUGGCAAAUGCCUCCACGGCAGAGCCAUCGCAGCCUGCGUCGCCAGUGGUGGGCAACCUCGUCCCGCAGGAGUCGACGACGGCGUCUCUGGAGACUUCACUCCGACCUUGUGGGACGGCAUCCCCAACAGCCUCGCAGCCGACAGAGGGCCCGGACCCCAAGGCUGAGAAUGAAUGCUACUGCAUGUUCCCUUUUGAAAUGCUUCCGAUCGAAAGAAGGACGAGAGUCAAUAAGCCAAAAAGACAUAAGACUGGAAGAUUCGGAUCUCUGGCGAUAG